CCAUUCUUCAUCAUCGAUCCCUAACCCCAUCAGCUCGAGGAGAACGAGACGAACACGCUCAAGUUUUCAUAGCUAAAACCAGCGGCAGAACACAUGGGUUCGACUCGUCAUCUUCUCGUGCUCCUUGCGGCCGCCGCCCUCCUGUUCGCCGGCGGUGUCCCCGCUGCGAGAGCACAGGAAGAAACCGAACGUGAGGAUGAGUUCACCUACACCAGCGGCGAGGAGAAGGGGCCGGAGCACUGGGGGAAGAUCAAGCCGGAGUGGGCGCAGUGCGGCGCCGGCGAGAUGCAGUCGCCGAUCGACCUGUCCCACGAACGCGUCACGCUGGUGCGCGACCUCGGCUACCUCGACCACUCCUACCGCGCCGCCGAGGCCUCCAUCGUCAACCGCGGCCACGACAUCAUGGUGCGCUUCGACGGCGACGCCGGCAGCGUGGUGAUCAACGGCACGGCGUACUACCUCCGCCAGCUGCACUGGCACUCCCCCACCGAGCACAGCGUCGACGGCCGCAGGUACGACAUGGAGCUGCACAUGGUGCACGAGAGCGCCGAGAAGAAGGCCGCCGUCAUCGGCCUCCUCUACGAGGUCGGCCGCCCCGACCGCUUCCUCCAAAAGAUGGAGCCAUACCUCAGGAUGAUCGCGGACAAGGAGGACAAGGAGGAGAAGGUGGGAGUGAUCGAUCCGAGGGGUGCAAGAGGCAGGGCCAGCGUGUACUACCGCUACAUGGGGUCACUCACCACGCCGCCUUGCACGGAAGGAGUGAUCUGGACGAUUGUCAAGAGGGUUCGCACCGUGUCGAAGUACCAGCUCGAGCUUCUCAGGGAAGCAGUGCACGAUAACAUGGAGAACAACGCAAGGCCUCUUCAGGCGGUGAACAACAGAGAUGUCUCCAUUUUCCGGCCUUACCCUCAUAAACGAUAUUAAUUAGCGGCGCAUUUGUCGCCUGAUGUACAAUAAAGAUACACAAGCAGCAUCUUACGUAGGGCUCAUUUUUGCCAUGCGUUUGAUGCUUCUAUCACUUUUUUUUUCAGAGAGUUUUGACGACAUUCGUAUAGCUGAGAUUUUUGUAAUUCUUUCUAUUACUGUUACUUGUUCAUUGGAUUGAAAUAAAAACAGUGUUCAUUCAUCUC